AUGGCAUACUUCUAAAUCGACUGUACAUAUCUAAUGCAAUAAUACCAGCACCACCCACAUCAAUUCCACAACAGGAGCAACAUUCAUUCUAAAGAAAGCAUCCAAUAGGAUUUAUAAUCACUUCUUUAAUUUAAUUACCACAAAUUACUCCAAGUUGGAGAUAGAAUUAAGGAUGUGACCGAGUCAUUAUAGAAAAUAUUGGAUUAGUCUAAUUAAUUAAAGGAAAAAUUUGAGUAAAGCCAAAAGCUCUAGCAAAAAUUGUAAGACAUUGAGGAGGAUCUACAAUCCUAUUUCAAAUUAAAGGAGAGCUUUAAAGAAAUGAUAGAAGAUUAUUAAUCCUCUUUGGCAGAAUACUAUGAAAUGAGAAAAAAAGUGAAGGAAAUCAAUUUAGAUCAUUUACCUCAAUCAGGAACUCAGAAUCUUCUACAAGAAUAUGCUACCCUAACUAAAAAAUUGGAAGAUUAUACUACAUUCGAAAACGAUUUAAAAGACUUGAAGAAAAUUGAAGAAAGAUUUGAAAUAUUGGAAUUAGAAGAGGACUACUUGAAUUACUAUCUAACAAUCAAUAACAAAGAUAAGAAUCAAAUACUGGAUCCAAGCACAUAAUUACUAAGUCGAUUUGUAUAAUUGCUGGGUUAAUCAAUCAAUUAUUUAAGUAGAAUUGAUAAUUAAUUUAUCAUUUUAGAAUCUCAUCAAAAUUGCCCAGUCAUUGUAUGCCAUGAAGAUAGAAACAAUAUGAGUGAGGAAGUUUUGAUGUAAUUCCAGUAUGCUAUAAUUUUAAAAACUUAUGAGGCAGUCUCAGCAUUAAUUAUAAUUGACAAGGAAAAAUCAGAAGCCUAAGUCAUAUGCACUUCUUAGAAUAGAGUUUAAAAUAAAUAAUACUUGGAAAAUUAUAAGAAUUAUAUUGCUAAUGUCAAAAUCAGUUACACUCUUUUAAAACAGGAGGUCAUUUUAGAAUCAAUUUACAAAAAAAUUAUAGAGAAAUUAGUUCAAUUCAAUAUGAUUACUUAAAUAGGAAAUCUAACAUUUUCGGAGAUGUAGGAGGCUAUCAAAAGUAUCAUUUUGUAUCAAUAAGACUUGGAAUAAUUAGAUACUUUUUAAUUUUUAGAUACUAUGCAAAUUGAAUUGAAUUGA